AUGAUUUCGAUUGUGGGCUUGUGGCAGGUGACUCCAGACAAAUCUUCAAAACCAAGAUUGAAUGGUAUAGUAUUGGCAGAUUGUGCCGCAGUGGAAUGCAAGGAUAGGUACAUCAAGAUAUUCCAAGGUAAAUAUGAUGGAAACAAAGUGAUCAAUGGAGAAAUUGUGAACACUUGCCCCGUUACAAUAACUGACCUACAUGUGGAUUGUGGAGCAUUCAUCAAAUCAAUGAAAUAUAUUCCAGUCCCACCCUACGUUUUAAGGGCAGUUAAUAACACUGACUGCGUUGUCAACAAUGGCAGACCAAUUAGAGGACAUCCUAUCUUCUUUAAGUACUACAACUCCGAAAUGCUUCCCCUCACUGUUACCUCCUUCAAGUGCUUCCGUCAUUGA